AUUCACAGGCUUUAUAGAGAUAUAGAGAUAAUACAGUUCAAACAAAAAACAGAUCAAUGACAGUGCAAAGAGUCAACCGACCCUUUUUGGAUCUAUCUAUUUGUAAGGCUUCAAUGAGUCCACAUGUUUACGUUUUAUCUUCAACCUCUUUCUUUCUCUCUCUCCAAAAUAGUAUAACCAUUUCUUUGUCCUAAACAAAUCCAAACCCUUUUCUCUAAAUAAUAAAAAAAAGUACUUUUUCUUUUUUUCCUUUGAAAAACACCAUAUAACAGUAGUCAAGCAUCAAAGCAUGCAAGAAAUGAUAAAAAAACACUUCUAGGGUUCUUAUUUCUUUUUCUUAUAUAACCCAAAAUUUCACUAGAUUCAUUAUUUCAAGCCAACCCUGAAGUUCUUCUGAGUGUCACAGUGUUACUCUCUCAAAAGGGUCACUAAAGAGAGAGAGACUGAGAACGAAGAGCAAAAAAAAACUUGCCUUUUUUCUCUUUCUUUCUCUCCAAAAAAAAAAAUUGUCAUAAAAAAAGACAGCAUUUUUUUCUCUCCUUUGUUAGAGAGAAACUUUUGAGACAUUGGAGUUUCACAUUUCACCCUUUGUCUCCACAAUCUCCCUGUCUUUUCAUUUUUUUUGCUACAAAGUUCAGUACUUUUUGAUGAUUCAAUGAUACCCUUUUGGUGAAUAAUAAGAAAGAGAGAGAAAGAAAGAGAUUAAGGGGUUGAAAAAGUUUUGAACUUUUUGACUUUUGGUGAUUUUUUAUUGAAGAAACAAAAAAGGGGGUGAUUUGAUGAGUUUUGGGGGUUUUGUAGAAAACAAUUCAGGUGGUGGUGGUGGAGGUGUGAGAAACAACAACAUAGGAGAAAUUUCUUACAGCAACGAAAGAAUGCCAUUUGGUUCUUUCUCUCAACCUCGUCUUGUUACAACUCCUGCUUUGGCUAAAUCUAUGUUCAACUCUCCUGGAUUAUCACUUGCACUUCAAACGAAUAUUGAUGGACAAGAAGAUGUGAAUAGAUCAAUGCAUGAAAAUUUUGAGCAAAAUGGUUUGAGAAGAAGUAGAGAAGAAGAACAAAGUAGAUCUGGUAGUGAUAACUUGGAUGGUGUUUCUGGUGAUGAACAAGAUGCUGAUGAUAAACCACCUAGGAAAAAGAGAUAUCACCGACACACUCCUCAACAGAUUCAAGAGCUUGAAGCUUUGUUUAAGGAGUGUCCUCACCCAGAUGAGAAGCAAAGAUUGGAACUUAGCAAAAGACUUUGUUUGGAAACUAGACAGGUUAAGUUUUGGUUCCAAAAUCGAAGAACACAAAUGAAGACUCAAUUGGAAAGGCAUGAGAACAAUUUGCUUAGGCAAGAGAAUGAUAAGCUAAGAGCUGAAAAUAUGUCUAUAAGGGAUGCAAUGAGGAAUCCUAUAUGUUCAAAUUGCGGUGGUCCGGCUAUGAUCGGUGAAAUUUCACUUGAGGAACAACAUCUUCGAAUCGAGAAUGCAAGGUUGAAGGAUGAGCUAGAUAGAGUUUGUGCACUUGCUGGAAAGUUUUUAGGCCGUCCAAUUUCUUCAUUACCGAACUCGAGUUUAGAGCUUGGUGUUGGUGGAAAUAACAACAAUGGUUUUAAUGUGAUGAACAAUGUUUCAUCAACAUUACCUGAUUUUAGUGCUGGAAUGUCUAAUAAUCCGUUGGCCAUUGUGUCUCCUUCGACUAGACAAACCCCUUUGGUCGGUGGAUUUGAUAGAUCGGUCGAAAGGUCUAUGUUUCUUGAACUUGCUUUGACUGCUAUGGAUGAGUUGGUUAAGAUGGCACAAACUAGUGAGCCUCUCUGGAUUAGGAGUAUAGAAGGGGGAAGGGAAAUUUUGAACCAUGAGGAAUAUAUGAGAACUUUCACUCCUUGCAUUGGUUUGAAGCCCAAUGGUUUUGUCUCCGAGGCCUCUAGAGAGACCGGUACGGUCAUUAUCAAUAGCUUGGCCCUUGUCGAGACUCUUAUGGACUCGAAUCGAUGGAUAGAGAUGUUUCCUUGCAUCAUUGCAAGAGGCUCAACAAAUGAAGUGAUAGCAAAUGGAAUACAUGGAACUAGAAAUGGUGCACUUCAACUAAUGCAAGCUGAACUUCAUGUACUAUCGCCUUUAGUUCCGGUUCGCGAGGUAAAUUUCCUUAGGUUUUGCAAGCAGCAUGCAGAAGGGGUUUGGGCUGUGGUUGAUGUGUCCAUAGAUAGCAUAAGAGAAACUUCUGGAGCUACAAGUUUUAUGAACUGUAGGAAGCUUCCUUCUGGUUGUGUUGUGCAAGAUAUGCCCAAUGGUUAUUCCAAGGUGACAUGGGUGGAACAUGCAGAGUAUGAGGAAAAUCAAGUACACCAGCUGUACAGACCAUUGUUGAGCUCAGGUAUGGGAUUUGGCGCGGCACGUUGGGUCGCUACCCUACAACGCCAGUGUGAGUGCCUUGCCAUAUUAAUGUCUUCCGCUGCACCUUCUCGAGACCACUCCGCAAUAACAGCGGGCGGAAGGCGAAGCAUGCUCAAGCUAGCACAACGUAUGACGAACAACUUCUGUGCAGGGGUAUGUGCCUCAACAGUCCACAAGUGGAACAAGCUUAGCCCUGGAAAUGUGGACGAAGACGUGAGGGUGAUGACACGGAAGAGCGUUGACGAUCCUGGCGAGCCACCGGGGAUUGUGUUGAGCGCAGCCACGUCGGUUUGGCUCCCCGUUUCGCCUCAAAGACUAUUCGAUUUUCUGCGUGACGAGAGGCUCCGUAGUGAAUGGGAUAUACUAUCUAACGGUGGUCCCAUGCAAGAGAUGGCUCAUAUUGCCAAAGGACAAGAUCAUGGAAACUGUGUUUCUCUUCUUCGUGCUAGUGCGAUGAAUUCGAACCAGAGUAGCAUGUUGAUACUACAAGAAACAUGCAUAGACGAGGCAGGGUCGCUUGUAGUCUACGCACCAGUCGAUAUUCCAGCCAUGCAUGUUGUGAUGAAUGGUGGCGAUUCAGCUUACGUGGCAUUACUACCAUCUGGGUUUGCCGUUGUCCCCGAUGGACCUGGAUCCCGUGGUUCCGAGAAUGGGGACGCCACUGCAAACGGAGGUGAGGCACGAGUCAGCGGUUCGCUUUUAACCGUAGCGUUUCAAAUCCUUGUGAAUAGUCUUCCAACAGCAAAACUCACUGUCGAGUCAGUUGAAACGGUUAACAAUCUCAUUUCUUGCACCGUUCAGAAAAUCAAAGCUGCACUUCAAUGUGAAAGUUAAGAGUCACGUGUGUUCAUCACGUGACAUUAUUUCACUUUUUUUGUUAUUAUUAUUAUUAUUAAAAAUAUUUUGUAGUGAAAAAACUUGUAAUUGGUGGCGCGUGCGCGCGUUAUUGGGGUGUGUUUGAGUCAAGAACGAACCAUUCAUGGGAAAAAAGUUCCUUGCAUGGUGGUAAGGGUAUCUAGAAUUGUCGGAUCGGGUCGGGUUAGGUUCCUUAACACAAGGCAAGGAUUGUGGUUCGGGUAUUGACUCAUGUUUGUUCUUCCCCUAGUCUGAAAAACAUGAAAAGGAAUAGUGGAAUGAGAAAGUUUUAUUGUUAUUAUUAUUACAAUUAAUAAGGUUUUGUUA